AUGUUGAGAACCAGUCAUCCAUCUAUUAGAAGAGCUACUACUUCUUUCGUUCGUAAUUUAUCCCACAAAGAAUUAAAAUUCGGAGUUGAAGGUAGAGCUGCCUUAUUAAAAGGUGUUAAUACUUUAGCUGAUGCUGUUUCAGUCACUUUAGGUCCAAAAGGUCGUAAUGUUUUAAUUGAACAACCAUUUGGUGCUCCAAAGAUUACUAAAGAUGGUGUUACUGUUGCUAGAGCCAUUACUUUAGAAGAUAAAUUUGAAGAUUUAGGAGCUAAAUUAUUACAAGAAGUUGCUUCCAAAACUAAUGAAAGUGCUGGUGAUGGUACUACUUCUGCUACUGUUUUAGGUAGAUCUAUUUUCACUGAAUCGGUUAAGAACGUUGCUGCUGGUUGUAACCCAAUGGAUUUAAGAAGAGGUUCUCAAGCUGCUGUUGAAGCUGUUAUUGAAUUCUUACAAAAGAAUAAGAAAGAAAUUACUACUUCUGAAGAAAUUGCUCAAGUUGCUACUAUUUCUGCUAAUGGUGAUGUUCAUAUCGGUAGAUUAUUAGCUUCUGCUAUGGAAAAAGUUGGUAAGGAAGGUGUUAUCACUGUUAAGGAAGGUAAGACUUUAGAAGAUGAAUUGGAAGUUACUGAAGGUAUGAAAUUUGAUCGUGGUUUCAUUUCUCCUUAUUUUAUUACUAAUACCAAAACUGGUAAAGUUGAAUUUGAAAAUCCAUUAGUUUUAUUAUCUGAAAAGAAAAUCUCUUCAAUUCAAGAUAUUUUACCUUCUUUAGAAUUAUCUAAUCAAACUAGAAGACCAUUAUUAAUUCUUGCUGAAGAUAUUGAUGGUGAAGCUUUAGCUGCUUGUAUCUUAAAUAAAUUAAGAGGUCAAGUCCAAGUUUGUGCUGUUAAGGCUCCAGGUUUCGGUGACAACAGAAAGAACACUUUAGGUGAUAUUGCCAUCUUAACCGGUGGUACUGUCUUCACUGAAGAAUUAGAUCUUAAACCAAGUGACGCUACUAUUGAUUUAUUAGGUUCUGCUGGAUCUAUUUCCAUCACCAAAGAAGACACUGUUGUGUUAAAUGGUGAAGGUUCCAAGGAAAACCUUGCUGCCAGAUGUGAACAAAUCAGAGCCACUAUUGAUGAUGUUGCCACUACUGAAUAUGAAAAGGAAAAAUUACAAGAAAGAUUAGCUAAAUUAUCCGGUGGUGUUGCUGUUGUUAAGGUUGGUGGAUCUUCCGAAGUUGAAGUUGGUGAAAAGAAGGAUCGUUAUGAAGAUGCUCUUAAUGCCACCAGAGCCGCUGUUCAAGAAGGUAUUUUACCAGGUGGUGGUACUGCUUUAAUCAAAGCCACUAGAAUCUUGGAUGAAGUUAAAGAUAAAGCCGCAAAUUUCGAUCAAAAAUUAGGGGUUGAAAUCAUUAAGGCUGCCAUCACUAAACCAGCUAGAAGAAUUAUUGAAAAUGCUGGUGAAGAAGGUGCUGUUAUUGUUGGUAAGAUUUAUGAUGAACCUGAAUUCAAUUAUGGUUAUGAUUCUCAAAAGGGUGAAUAUACCGAUAUGAUUGCUGCUGGUAUUAUUGAUCCUUUCAAGGUUGUUAAGAAUGGAUUAGUUGAUGCUUCUGGUGUUGCUUCCUUAUUGGCUACUACUGAAUGUGCCAUUGUUGAUGCUCCUCAACCAAAGGGUGCUGCUCCUCCUGCUGCUCCAGCCGGUGGUAUGCCAGGUAUGUUCUAA